AUGUUGGACCUUCAAACCAUGACGUCUCCGUGGAAGCAGCAACCGGAAGAGGUCGCAGACAAGGUGCUGAAACGGGCAGAAGUCAGCAAGAUAGCCAGAAGGCUGCAAAAUCGACUUGCCCUUGCCCAAUUCAAGACGAAACAUGGCUGGGAGGAUCUCACGCUGGAUACCAUCGAGCCCAAGUACGAGGAGGAGCUGCGACGAAAGCGCUUGUGCGAAGGAGAUGUGCUGUCCGACUCAUCCUCCAGUGCCUCUGAUCUGCCAUACCCCACAAGGACGCUGAUGAGCUCUCCGUUGAAGGCUCCUUUGUUCUCCGAUGCCAUCGGAUCUAGCAACGGAAGCUCCGGCCAUCGCAAGCGAACCUACAUGGCCUCCUUCGAGUAUCCCACGUCUAGCCCGAGCAAACGCUUCAGAUCCUCCCCCACGCCGCAGAAGCCUAUCCAGACCCAUACAUCGUGGAAAGAAAGUCACCAACUUGCGCAGUCGUCACCCAUCAAGCCUAGGAGGCAACAACACUUCACCACAUCGACCGGUCCCGACGUGUCUUUCUUCCAAGGCGCCCGGAGGCUUGCUGACGACCUCGUGUCGCCCAACUACAAUGCCAACUCGGACGAUGAGGACGACCUCCUACCUACACAGUCGUUCAGGUCGAACAACCUGCGCUCCUCGCCCCCAACGACACCGCCGAUGCGCAACCGACCGAUUCCCAAUCGCCGCAACAAGGACAGGGCUGUUGGUGCUGAACCAGUCAAGUCUGGAGAGGAGGGUGCUGAUCUCCUACUGUACCUCGCUGCUUCACCAUCGCCGGCAGUCCCAUCCACGAAGACGAGAAUGGAACCUCCCUCAACGCCGCCAUCCAAGGUUGGCCGCGACAUGACGCUUCCCUCGUCUCACAUGACCACCCCCGGCGGGGGCAACCUCUUUCCCAACACGCCUGGGCAAGGAUUCGACUUCGCCGAGUUUGUCAACAUCACACCCAGCCCAGCGCAAAAGGCGUGGAAAACGCCCGUCGCGCUGUCCUCAACACGGACUCCUGUCAGCUUGGCCAGGAGACGAUUGACAUUCGACGAGCCUAUUGCCUGA